AUGGAGAUAAAAGAAGAAUUAAAUUACGAAGGCUGUAAUUUUUUUCGACUUCGGUUGGUUUAUUCAGUGCUAAGUGGACGACCAAUCAGAAUUAUGAAAAUCCGCGCAAAUAGCGAUGAGCCUGGAUUAAAGAGUUUUGAAUUGAAUUUUCUGUCGUUAUUGGAGAAUAUUACGAAUGGUACUCGAUUAGAGAUUAGUAAAACGGGUUUCGAAGAUCUAUAUUUAUCUAUGUUUUUUAGUUACUAUUUGGAACCACUUUUAAUGAUUGCUCCAUUUUGUAAACAUCCGUUAAGAAUCCAGUUGAAUGGAGUAACUAAUACACCUGACGAAUUAAGUGUCGAUACUAUCCGGGCAAGCUGGUUACCUGUUUUUCGGAAAUUUGUGCCCACUGAUGAGCAACUCGAUAUAAAGAAUCAUUUACUCAAAUUAGAGAAAAUUUUCCAGAUAAUCUCUCGUGGAUUAAAACCAGAUGGUGGUGGAACUAUUAUUUUUACAGCACCUAUUGUCAGGGUUCUUCGACCAGUGCAGUGUGAAAAGAUGGGUAAAAUUUGCAAAAUCCGUGGUAUAGCUUAUGUUUGCAAAGUAUCACCAUCAUUAGCUCAUCGAAUGAUUGAAUCGGCAAAAAGGGCACUAUAUGGUUUUAUUGCUGAUGUAUAUAUAACCUUGGAUCAGAGAAAGGGAACGAAUGGUGGAAAUUCUCCUGGUUAUGGUAUAAUAAUUACUGCUGAGACAACUGAAGGUGUAGUAUUUCAUGGUGAAGCGGCAUCGAAACCGAAGGGUGAAUCUGGUGAACCCAUCAUCCCUGAAGAUAUAGGAACACUUGCUGCCAAUAAUCUUCUUAACGAAAUUUAUUCAGUUCACACUAGCCAAGCACUUGCCUCAACAUUUAUGGCACUCGUCGAUAAGGAUGUUAGUAAAUUCCUUUUUGGACCACUAUCGAAUUAUUGCAUUCAUUGUUUACGACAUCUAAAGCAUUUUUUUGGCAUAAUUUUUAAAAUUGAUGAUUGGUGGAUGCUGAAGAAGGAGCAAAAGAAAAGCUCAGGUUCUGAUGAAAAAGCUUUCUUGACUUGUGUUGGUAUUGGAUACAGCAAUUUAAAUAAAACUAUUUUGUAA